UGUUAUUUCCGAGGCAAACAUCCGUGCAAUCAUGGCUUCCCGUAGUGCCGGGACACUCAUAACUAACUACAACGCGACAUACAUUCCUCCUGCCUUAAUGCCAGGGCUGAGCACGGGACCUGGCAUUAGAAUGUGAUUCUACAACUUCAGUGGCGGCAACGUCGGUGAGGUAUGCCCAUCAGUGAAAGAUGGCGCCUGACGAUCAGUGACUUCAUCAAUGGAUGGGUCUGGUGCUAGCAGCAGCAAAGUGGUGGAGGAGAGACGGCAGCACAGAUACCGUGGCUAUGUCCCUACUAUAAAUUUUACAUAUGGUGAUACCUAUGGAAAUGCUACCAAGAAAUAUUUCCAAGAUUUCCGCCUGUCAGCUCUGAAUACAAGUCAGAGUCCUUACAGCAAAGGAGGGCAAUUUCCAACAGUUUACUCCAACGACCCCACCCUUGUAAUAGCAGAUCGGUCCCACAACCGCAAUAGAUGGUUAUAUGCCCCAAAAUGGUCCAGAUAUGAUGUGGAUUUUGACAGAAAUGAAGAAUUGAAAAAGUUUGAUAAGUUAGCCCAACAACACCGGGAGAACUACAAGGAUAAGACAGGCACUAUACGCAGAGUAGAUCAUUUUGUGAUGGCUGGAACAGAGGUGGACAAAUUCCCUUGUUUACCGAAUAUUUACCUGCACUGUCCGAAGCUGGAUGGAGGGAUGCUCUUCGGUGCUAAUGGGCCAACCUCACAAUUACGAUGCAGCCCCCAAAAAGUUCCUGACUACCAAGCAGGAUAUGAUCGUAAAACAUAUUUGUGUGAGGACAAAUGAAUGAUUAUCCACAAACAAAACUUUAUUAUGAAGCUGUUGGUUGAAUUGAAAUAAAGCAUUUUCUCUUCCCA